AUGGCUGACCAAGACAACUUUGAGGAGGAUCUUUUCGCAGACCUCUAUGACGACAAUGACGCAUCCAAGCCAGCACCUGCCACGACGAGUGGAAAUGUCGCUGGAUCAGCUCCUGCUGCUGCCGCCCCUCAGGAUAACGGGGCUGCUGGAGUCGAGGAUGCGAACAACGACCAGGAGGAAGACGAUGACGACGACGAUGACGAUGUCGACUUUAACCUAGGCGGACCCUCGACAGGAAUGAACAGUCACACUGCGGCCGCCGAGACCGUCUCUCAUAAUAUGCCAGAGACGCGCGAUUCUCACGAUGUAUACGGGGCCCAUGAUAGUGGACAAAGUGUGCAAACUCCCACAUUCGGAUCCGUGCACAAGGCAAGUGCCAAAGACGAUGGAAAGAUGUUCAUUGGCGGCCUUAACUGGGAGACCACAGAUGAGUCUCUUCGCGAAUACUUUGAACAGUUCGGCGAGGUCGUUGAAUGCACAGUCAUGCGCGACAGCGCUACUGGUCGCUCGAGGGGUUUCGGGUUCUUGACGUUCAAAGAGGCCAAAACCGUCAACACAGUCAUGGUCAAAGAGCACUUCCUAGAUGGCAAGAUUAUCGAUCCCAAGCGCGCUAUUCCCCGCGAUGAGCAAGAGAAGACUAGCAAGAUCUUUGUCGGAGGCGUUAGCCAGGAAACCACCGACCAGGAGUUCAAAGACUACUUUGCUCAAUUUGGCCGCGUAGUCGACGCCACGUUGAUGAUGGACAAAGACACUGGCCGACCUCGUGGAUUCGGCUUCGUGACCUUUGAAAGCGAGGCGGGCGUCGACGCCUGCAUUAAUGUGCCGUUGGAGAUUCACGGCAAGCCCAUCGAGGUGAAGAAAGCCCAGCCGCGCGGUAAUUUGCGGGAGGAAGAGGAGGCACAGAAGCGCAUGAAGUUCCAAGGCCGAGGCGGCGAUCAAGGCCAGGGCAACAUGGGGCAAGGCAUGCAGAACGGCAUGACGCCCCAGCUCAUGGCGCAAUACUUUCAGCGCAUGAACCAGUACUUCCAGAUGAUGCAGUCGCAGAUGGCUAUGAGAGGUGGCAUGGGUCAGAUGAACCCCCAGAUGAUGCAGCAAAUGAUGCAGAUGCAACAAAUGCAGCAAAUGAUGGGGCGCGGCGGCGGCGGUGGUGGCGUCGGAGGCCAGCAGCAAAUGAACCCUCAGAUGAUGCAACAGAUGCAACAGAUGCAGCAGAUGCAGCAGCAGAUGAUGAACCAGCAAGGCGGAGGUGAAGGUCAGGGCGGGAACAUGGGAGGCGGCGGCUUCAACCAAGGCUUCCAGCAACCUCAGCAGGGCGGUGGUUUCCACGGCGGAGGUGGCGCCCGACGGGGUGGGCGUGGAGGCUACGGCGGCGGGUACGGAGGCGGAGGUGCUGGCCAGCAGCAGGGAGGCUCGCAAAGCUCAUAUGAGGGCAUGUACGAUGAUCAACCUCAGCCAGCAGGAGGCAACGCGCCGCCCGCAAAUGCGCCCACCGGCCCGAAGAACGCAGGCCGCCCUGGCGCCAACUACCGCGGAGGCGGCCGGGGAGGCAACCGUGGGUUUCAUCCAUAUGCGAGAUAG